CAUUUUUGGAGCUAAGAUACCAACAAGACCUCGACGGAUCAAUAUCUCCGAUGGACAGUAAGUAUAUUUUUUUAUAUGUUGUGUUUUGUAGUGAUUUGUAAUGAUUAAUAUAUAUAGUGUGCGUUAGUUAUUAAUAAUUUGUUCACGAGUUUAUAUUUAUAAUGUUCUUAUAUAGUAUUGAAGAUAAUGAGGCAAAAAAGACUUUGCUUGCGAUUAUUCGGGCAAGAUGGCCUUUGGGUAAAUACACGUUUAGUGACAUAGACGCGGCUUACCCAAAGUGGCUCGGUCUAAGGGUUGAGGAGUUUCUAAAAUAUUAUAGGCAAUUGAAAGGUCAAAGCCGUUCAAAAGCCAAAGCUAUCAUUGAAGAUCACAUAAAGGUCACAAUCAAAAGGACCAUGAAUGAAUUGAAGAGGAGGAUCGAGAGGAAGUCAAGGGAGGAAGGGGUUUCGAAGUUGGCUUUGAAACCGGAAUAUUGGAAUAUCAUUUUUUGGAAAGAUCUUCUCAAGUAUUGGGACACGGAUGAAGGCCACUUGCAUAGGUCGGAAGUUGGAGCUGCUAAUCGGCAACGCGUGGAAAGGUUGCAUAGCGCGGGUGCUCGCUCCUUCAACCGUGUGCGCGAGAACAUGAAAAAUAAAUUGUCUAAAAGUCCGACAAAGCUUGAGGUGUGGGAUGAAUGCCACACUAGGAUCGGCUCCACUCCCGAGAGCCGGAUAUAUACUACCCCCGCCGCUAUGCGCAUUGCGGAACGAUAUGCCUCGAUUCUUGAGCGUAUGCCGGUGGAGGUUACUCAAGCGGGGGAGCGGGAUGAGCCUUGGGAUUGGUGGAUGGAAGCAAUGGAGGUUCCCCAAGGCGAGAGGCCAAAAAAGAAUUAUGUUGUGGGGUUCCCCAAAGCUCGAGCUAGUGAUUUGAUCCCAACACUAGCCACGCGCUAUAGGGAUUCCACCCGUGGCGGCGCCGGCUCAUCCUCAUCCGCUCCAACACAAAAUCCAGUGGUUCCCGAUUCCAUCUUCCUCCCGAUUGUCCGCAAUGUGCUCAAUGAAACCCGUGCCAAUCCUCUGCAAUUUGCUCGUCGCCUAUCGGAUGAGGAGAUAACAACCUUUGCACGCACAGCCCUCGAGGCGUCCGAUCCAGCCGCUGACCCGGCUCGGAGGGCGGAAUGGAAUAACCUUCUUGGCGGCGAGGUUGUGCAUAUUGUAGGGACAUUGCUCGAGGAUGUCCUCCAAAAAAUGGAUGCUCGUGCUAAAAUGGCAACUGCGCAAGAGGGAGAGAAAGAUUACACGGAUGUGGACGAGGACACGGAUGAAAACACGGAUGAUGAGGGUGAGGGUGAAGCCGGUGGCGAAGGUGGUGGUGAAGGCGGUGGUGAAGAUGGUGGCGAAGGCGAUGCUGAAUCAUCCGAUGUUUCUUUGACCGAUUAGUGUAAUUUAUAAUUUAAUUUUAA